AUGGGCGCAGGCCAAUCCAAACCCGACGAGUCCACCAAACAUGUGUUUGCCAGCGACACCCCAAUCCAAUUCUCUCAAGAAUUAAUCGACUCCCUCCAAGCAUCUUCAGAAGUACGCCCCGAUCCCGCACAGCCCACAAACUCGACCCGCGCAAAGACUCUCGAACUCCACAUCGCUCAACGUGUGGCCGAGGAACUAGAAAAAGUCCGGAAGCACGAAUCGUCCAUUUUCGAGGAAACCCGGAAGAAGAUCGCUGAGGCCGAAGAGCACGGGUCGUCAGCCUCCUCGGACUCGUUGCUCCAGAUCCCGGACCUGCUCUCGUCCGAAAGCGGCGAGGAAAAGCAGCGGAAAGCUCAGAGCUCGCAAAAGGUGCAGCAAGAAAUCGAGAAACUGAAGCAAACCUUGGGUCAGAGGAAAGUGCUGAAGGAACUGUCCAAAGAAGUGGAAUCAGCGAGACAAGAUGUUGUCAACUGCCUAAGGUUGAACGAUAGAAAGCCUCUCGACUGUUGGAAGGAGGUCGAAGCUUUCAAGCGCGAAGUGCGGAAAAUGGAGGAGGACUACGUCCAAUCUGUACUAUGA